AUGAGCGAGCAGAAGCACGUGGAGGAUCCCCAGCAUCCGUCACAAGAGGACAAGAAGGCGGUGAAGGACACGACAGUCGACAUUCCUGCCGCUGUGAAUGACAUGGCUACAAAGCACCCGCUGCAGAACCGAUGGGUGUUGUGGUACGACAAUCCCAAGAAACGCAACUCGACCGAGAGUUGGGAGGAAAACCUCAAAAAUGUCUAUACGUUCAACACAGUGGAGGACUUCUGGUGUUUGUACAACAACAUCUUGGCGCCCACGAAGCUCUCGAUAGGCAGCAACUACCAUUUGUUCAAGGACGGAAUCCGACCGAUGUGGGAAGACCCGAUCAACGCCAAGGGCGGCAAGUGGAUUUUCACUAACCCUCGCUCGCGAAAAGCGCGACUAGACGAGUGUUGGCUCUACGUGAUGCUCUCGCUAAUCGGCGAGACACUGCAGGACGAAGAUGACGUAUGCGGCGCUGUAGCAAGUGUGCGCAAGGCGCAGGACCGUAUUGCCAUUUGGAGUGCAACGGCCCACGCUGAGGAUCGCCAGAAGGCCAUUGGACGAAGCUUCCGUCAGGCGCUUGUCGACUUUGGCAAGAAUGAAGUGCUAAAGUACCAGUCGCACGCCGACGCUGCGGCGAGCGGUUCAAGUUUCCAGAACGAAGUAUUGUAUGAGGCGUAA